AUGAGUGAGAACUUAAAGGUAAUUGUUUCCAAUGGAAAUAGGCUUGCUGUAGAGGAUCACCAAUUGGAUUUGAAAUCAGUUGCCUCGAAUGCAAUUUCUUUGAAUGAUAUUGGAAAUACAUUAAAUGAGACUCAAAAGAGACAUAUUUUGAAAAGAUUAAACUAUGAUAAAAUUGUGGAUUUUAAUGAGUUACCAGUAGCAGCUGUUUUUAUGAUCGAGAAGGUCCAAGCAUUAUCUAUUGAGGACUCGAUUUCCAUUUUAAAAGAAGCUCUCAUUGACCACGAUGAAGAUGUAAACUUCCCAACUAAAGAGUAUAGCUUUAUUGAAAGAUUAAUCCGCGAUCAACGAGAUAAAAAGGACAUGGAUUCGAGCAUAUUCGCAGAAUCAGAAGAGAAGGAUGUGGUGGAGAAUGACAGAGAGGAAUGGUCCGAAAAAAACACUGAGAACACGAGCUCAGCUGAUGAAGAAAGUGGAGAUCACGAUUAUUUUGCAAUCGUUGAUUGGGAUUUGCAGGUAAGACUAGAAGCUGCGUUGAUUGCUUAUCAUUCACCUUAUCCCGAAGUGAGAGCAGUAACUGAUCCAUAUGACGACCCAUCCAUUCCUUGCGAAACUAUUAGAGUGUAUAUUCUUGGUAUCUUUUGGACAUGUAUCGGUACUUUUGCUAAUCAGUUUUUCUCAGAGAGACAGCCAACCAUUGCAUUAUCUUCAGCAGUCGUUCAGCUACUACUUUAUCCUUCAGGUGUUUUACUUUCAAAGAUAUUACCCAAAAAAACUGUCAAGAUUUGGAAAUCGUCCUUUGACUUGAAUCCAGGCCCAUGGAACCACAAAGAGCAGAUGCUAGCUACUAUCUUUUACAGCGUCUCAAAUGGAAUUUCAUACGUUAGCUACAACCUUCACGUUCAAAUGCUUGAAAUAUUUUACAACAACAAGUGGGUUGACUUUGGGUACCAGGUGUUGUUGAUCUUGGCUACAAAUUAUCUAGGUAUUGGGUUUGCUGGUAUCUUGAGGAGAUUCUCGAUCUACCCACAUAAAGCAAUUUGGCCUACAAUUUUGCCAACAAUUGCAUUGAACCGAGCCUUGUUACAGAAAGAAACCAAGGAGAAUAUAAACGGAUGGGAAAUUUCUCGAUAUAAGUGGUUCUUUGCUGUUUUUGGGUUUUCAUACAUGUACAAUUGGAUCCCAACGUAUUUGUUCAAUGCGCUUUCAUACUUUAACUGGCCCACUUGGAUUGCUCCCAAUAAUGUCAAUUUGGUUGCUGUUACUGGCAGCGCCUCAGGUUUAGGAAUGAAUCCAUUUCCUACUUUUGACUGGAACAUUUUGAACUUUAAUGGAUGUUUAGUAUAUCCAUUUUAUGCACAACUUAACCAGUAUAUUGGAACAAUGCUUGCAUUUUUUGUAAUUAUCGCUAUUUGGUACAGCAAUCACAAAUGGACUGGUUAUAUUCCAAUCAAUACUGCCUCUUUAUUUGACCGUUUCGGUAACCGGUACAAUGUGAAAGAUAUUGUUGAUGAAAACAACAUGUUUGAUCAAACCAAGUAUGCAGAAGUUGGACCUCCAUACUACUCUGCUGCCAACAUGGUUGUCUACGGUGCAUUUAUUGCAAUCUACCCGUUCUCAAUCACCUACGAAGUGUUUAUGAAUAGAAAAUCAUUUUGGAGUGCAGUGAAAGGGUUGGCUCGUGGAUUCAAAAAUAGUAAAAGCUCAGUUUACGAAGGCUUCCACGACCCCCACAGCACCAUGAUGAGAAAGUACAAAGAAGUUCCAGAUUGGGUCUUUUUGAUUGUGCUUGUCAUUUCCAUUGUGCUAGCUAUUGUUUGUGUUAAGAUCUACCCAACACAAACACCAGUAUGGGGUGUCUUUUUUGCCGUUGGUAUUAAUUUCCUCUUUUUGAUUCCGUUGACUGCCAUUUAUGCAACUACCGGCUUCUCCUUUGGAUUGAAUGUCUUGGUUCAAUUGAUUGUUGGGUUUGCAUUACCUGGGAAUGGUUUAGCAUUGAUGUUUAUUAAGGCAUUCGGUUACAAUAUCAAUGGCCAAGCGCAGAACUAUAUUUCGGAUCAAAAAAUGGGCCACUACGUCAAAGUUCCACCUAGGGCUAUGUUUAGGUGUCAAAUGUUGUCGAUUUUUGUCUCGUCGUUCCUUGGACUAGCAGUGCUCAAUUUUCAGAUAAAGAGCAUUCCAAACUACUGUCUGCCAACAAACACCCAAAAGUUUACCUGUCCAAGCUCAACCGUGUUUUAUAACGCUUCGAUACUUUGGGGUGUGAUUGGUCCUAAAAAAGUUUUCAAUGGGUUGUAUCCAAUUUUACAAUGGUGUUUCUUGAUUGGUUUCUUGAUGGCGAUCCCAUGUAUUAUUAUCAAAAAGUAUGGACCAAAAAAGUACACCAAAUUCUUUCAGCCCACCUUGGUUGUUGGUGGAUUUUUAUUCUAUGCGCCUUACAAUUUAUCUUUCUACACUGGUGGGCUUUACAUGUCCAUUCUUUUUAUGUGGUAUUUGAAAAACCGUUAUUUGGCAUGGUGGCAGAAGUACAACUUUGUUUUAUCAGGAGCUAUGGAUGCCGGAGUUGCUUUCAGCGCAAUAAUGAUAUUUUUUGCUGUUCAGUACAAGGAAAAGAAUAUUGACUGGUGGGGUAAUAGCGUAGUUUGGAGAGGUAUUGAAGGUAGAGGUGGUCAAAGCAGAUUGAAUGCAACAUCUGCACCAGGUGGAUACUUUGGGCUUCGACCCGAGCAGUACCCAUGA